AUGGGUAUUAAGCCGCGGGGGUGUGGGGCAGGGGGAGACGCGCAGAAAGCAAUCAACGAGAGAGGAUUUAUGGCGGACGCCUGCGGCAGCAGCGUGCGCGCACCCGACGCCGACGUGCUACAUCGCGCUCGUGUGAUAACUGAUACGUUAUCAGAGGAUAACAAUCUAUAUAACACUUCGUCAAGCAAACGGGGUCAUUUCUUUUCUGUAAUGAUAAAUCAUCAGGGGCCAGCGGAUGCGGCGUGGCCUCGGAUCGUGGCUAACGAAGCGUGUAUUUAUCAUGGCCUGAGCUGGAAUCUGGUCGAAGAGAAUAUGAACAAUGUAACAAGAAAUAGUCAUAGAUGUACUCCUAAAUGUGCUCAUGGCUUUGUGACCUUGGCGGCAGGAAGUUUCGGCGCGAAAUGCUCUAAGUGUUGCCGCGGCAUCUCGUCGUCGGAUUGGGUGAGGAAGGCGCGCGAGCAGGUCUACCACUUGGCGUGCUUCGCAUGUGAUGCGUGCGGCCGGCAGCUGUCCACCGGUGAACAGUUUGCUCUUCACGAAGACCGCGUGCUCUGUAAACCCCACUACCUGGAGACAUUAGACGGCGGCUCUAUUUCUUCUGAUGAUGGUUGCGACUCAGAAGGCUACCAUAAGAGCAAGGCGAAGCGCGUCCGCACAACCUUCACGGAGGAGCAGCUGCAAGUGCUGCAAGCGAACUUUCAGCUGGAUUCAAACCCCGACGGACAGGACCUUGAGCGUAUCGCGCAGGUCACUGGCCUCAGCAAGCGAGUCACACAAGUCUGGUUUCAGAACAGCCGUGCACGACAAAAGAAACACCAGCACACUGGCAAGAGCAAACAAAAUCAACUGAUAUCCCGGGACGCGGAUCCGGUGGGGUUUGGCCGGCCCAUCAACCUACACCUCACGUACUCGUUUCAGAACAAACCACCUUUUGUACCAAUAGAUGGGACCUCUUUCACGGAUUCCUCCAUGGAUGAACUCUCCGAGGAUUCAUCGAUCCACUGCAUGCAAAGUGAGGUGUAA